GAAGUCGGAGCGCCUCACAUGUACCGAUUUGUGGAGCUGAUUCGCGACAUUUAGAAAUAAUCCGAACAAUUCGGUGAGCGACUCAGCCCUGAUCGAAGGCACAAUGAGACUCUCGUCCACUACGCCGUUCUCUAUGUGGAUAGCAUUGUGGCUGGCGGCCUCCGUCAGUAGUGUGUCUGCAAGGAGUGUUUCUGCAGGUAACCACUCCAGCGCUGCAAAUGAAACAGGUGAUACUGAGUCGUGUAUGGCACGCGUUCUUCAUCUACUACCAUCUACCGCUCUUCGUCUCAGCAUCCAGGAUACAGAGACUGUGCUAAGUGGUCUACAUAACCCCAUUGAUCAGCUCAACUCUGCAAAUGCUGACACAGCAUCACUAUCUGCGUUCUUAGGUGGACAGCAGAAUGCUGAUUUGCUGGUACAGUGUCUGAGUGGUCAGCUUGAGCAAUGUCGACAAAGUCCCCAGUGUGGCGAUGCGGGAAAGUGCAUCUUCACACGUUCUUUACAAGGAAAAGGCUCAUACGUUUGCAAAUGUGAUGAUGGUCAUACCGGAAAGUUUUGUCAAACAGUACCGCCAUCCUGCUCUGGUAAUCCAUGUCAGAACGGUGCAACAUGUCGACAGAGAGAAUCAUCGUUUCAUUGUCACUGUCCACCACUGUACAUUGGAACACGUUGUGAAGAAAAGUGGUUGGAUGUAGCUAAGUUUAAACAGCAAUCCAACACAUUAAAUCAAAUCAGUGACGAUGUUUCACAACUGAAACAUGAACUACGUGCAGGAAGACGAGAUGAUAUCAAUCGUAUUGAUUCAUAUCUUCAACAACUGGGUACGAAGAUUCUUACCAAUGUAAACUCCACUAUGAAUCAGAUGUCAUCUCAAGUUACCGCCCUGAAUGAAAGGCUGAAUGAAGUUCAGGAAAAUCAAGAAGUAUCAUUUCUCUGCCAGAGAACCGACUCUGGUCCGUCAGAUGUAUUCAAUGGCAGAACACCGAUAACAAGAUUCGCUGAUUACUGUGAUCGAGAGACUGACGGAGGUGGCUGGACUGUGUUUCAGAGAAGACAGGAUGGAUCAGUGGACUUUUACCGUGACUGGAAUGCAUACAGACGAGGAUUCGGAUCAGCUUCUGGAGAGAUCUGGCUGGGUAUAGGUACACUACACUAUCUGACGUCACAAGCAGGUAGUACUUAUGAACUGCGCAUGGAUAUGGUGUUCGCAACAACUGCAGAGAAGCAUUAUGCCAAGUGGUCAACAUUCCGUGUUGAAGGUGAAGCUAACAAUUACAAACUACACGUUUCAGGAUUCUCAAGCCCUACCUUGGUGGACAGGAUGACUUACAACAAUGGACAACAGUUCAGUACUCGAGAUCGUGAUCAUGACUCAUGGAGUAGUGACUGUUCCAAUAAUUACAGGGGUGGUCGGUGGUAUAACCGAUGA